AUGACAUGCUGGCGUGAGACGCUCGUGCCGGUGCUGUCGGCGGCUCCGUCGAGUCCGGCAGUACCGCACCGGCAUAGCAAAAAAACUGUGAACAUCCCCGAUUAUUGUAAAAAUUCCCGUUACGAUACGACACUGACCUGCCCCACUUCGACAAACAGCUCCGUCGCCGGCUCGGCACCAUCGCCGUCCGUCGUCGGGUCUCUACAGCGGAAUUACUCUUUUUACAACCACCGCCUGGACCAGCUGUUCUUUUUUGUGUAA